CGCGCGGGCGCGCGCCCGCGCGGCGGCUCAGGUUUCUUGGGGCGGCGGCGUUGUCGUCGGGGACGCGGUGGCGUUGGCACCAUGACCCCGCUGUAACGCGCAGGCUGUGCGGCGCGGGGGGAGGGGGGAAGAGGCGGACGCAACCGUGAAGUUCUCCGCCAUGAACCUGAGGGGCCUCUUCCAGGACUUCAACCCUAGUAAAUUCCUCAUCUAUGCCUGUUUGCUGCUAUUCUCUGUGCUGCUUGCCCUUCGUCUGGAUGGCAUCAUUCAGUGGAGUUAUUGGGCUGUCUUUGCCCCAAUAUGGUUGUGGAAGCUAAUGGUCAUUGUUGGAGCCUCAGUUGGAACUGGAGUCUGGGCACGAAAUCCUCAAUAUCGAGCAGAAGGAGAAACAUGUGUGGAGUUUAAAGCCAUGCUAAUUGCUGUGGGCAUCCAUUUGCUGCUGCUGAUGUUUGAAGUCUUGGUCUGUGACAGAAUUGAGAGAGGAAGCCAUUUCUGGCUUCUGGUCUUCAUGCCACUCUUCUUUGUUUCCCCUGUGUCUGUUGCUGCUUGUGUCUGGGGCUUUCGACAUGACAGGUCACUAGAGUUAGAAAUCCUGUGUUCUGUCAACAUUCUCCAGUUUAUAUUCAUUGCCUUAAGACUGGACAAGAUCAUCCACUGGCCCUGGCUUGUAGUGUGUGUCCCCCUGUGGAUCCUCAUGUCCUUUCUGUGCCUGGUGGUCCUCUAUUACAUUGUGUGGUCUGUCUUGUUCCUGCGCUCUAUGGAUGUGAUUGCAGAACAGCGAAGGACACACAUAACCAUGGCACUGAGCUGGAUGACCAUUGUGGUGCCUCUUCUUACUUUUGAGAUUUUGCUGGUUCACAAGUUGGAUGGCCACAAUGCUUUCUCUUGUAUUCCAAUAUUCGUUCCUCUGUGGCUCUCGCUGAUCACACUGAUGGCAACUACAUUUGGACAGAAGGGAGGAAACCACUGGUGGUUUGGUAUCCGCAAAGAUUUCUGCCAGUUUCUGCUGGAAAUUUUCCCAUUUUUGAGAGAAUAUGGAAACAUUUCCUAUGAUCUCCAUCACGAAGAUAAUGAAGAAAUGGAAGAAACCCCGGUACCAGAACCUCCUAAAAUUGCUCCUAUGUUUCGCAAGAAGGCCAGAGUGGUCAUUACCCAGAGUCCUGGAAAGUACGUCCUCCCUCCUCCAAAAUUAAAUAUUGAAAUGCCAGACUAAAGGGCACUGGCGGGGCCGGAGCAUGAGUGGACUGGGAUGCACACUCCUCCAUUCCUCUGCCUCUCCCCUCCCCAGAUGCAGAAUGGAGCUGGGCCUCCAGGGACUUCCAUCUCAUGCCUUGUUUGCAUUCAGUGUCGAUUGGCCACUCCGCACCAUGGGACACAGAGGUGGCAGGGGACUAAGGGUAUCCACAGAUACGGAUGCCAGGGUGUGUGAGGGAGGUUGGAGUCCACUUCCCUCCGUUUGCACAUCUGAGGCAUGUGCUCCUCCCCAUGGGACCCACCUGGGGUGAUGUCUGCUGUCCAUUAGGCCCGCAGAGGAGCAUCUGUGGACCAGGCAGGUUUUUUUUUUUUUAAAGAACUAAAUUUCCCAUCAAAGUGUUGGAAGAUGUGCUUUCCAUGGGGCUGCUACAGGUAGCCCAGUGGGAACUGUACCCAGGUGUGCAUGCACCUGUGUUCAGACGGCGCAGCCAUGCUUUUCCCUGCCUCUAUGGUGGAUGUUUCCCUAUGGAUAUGCUGACAGUAGGCUUUCUUGGCCUCACCAGCAAGCCCUUCCCAAUGGAGUCACUCCAUGCCUGUAUAGUAUUUAUACAAAUAUUUUAGCAUUGUAAUAUACAGUGUUAAAUCCUAGUUCUGUACAGCAUAUUCUGUUAAAGUAUUUUUUUACAAGCUUGUGCUGGAAAUGGACAUGUUCGGCCACAAAAGUGGAAGCAGAUGGCAUGCCUGCCUCACCACAGAUGGGUGCCGCACCCCCACGGGACAUCGCCAUUAAUGCUCUGGAAUGCAUUCAUGUGCAUAGUAGCUGUUACUGCCAGCAUAGCUGUGACAAGUUAGGAAAGAUCUGUGCUGUCCCACUCCUCAGAAAAACUGGCUAGCAGAAACAUAGAAAGUCCUUCCUGAGGCUCGGACACUGGAGCAAGUUGCUGACAGCAGAAAUAUCAAGGCCACUGAGUCCGGCCUCUGUUAAAGUCUGGCUUUGUGCCUGCCAGCAGCUGUGUCAUUGCUGUCAUCUGUCAGUGUGGUUUCUCCAGGCGCUGCUACUAUAGCCAGCCUGGAACCCAGCCCGCAAGCAUAGAAGCCCUCUGCUCAAAUCAAGUAGGUCAUUUUACAAAGGACAUAAAGAGGAGCAUAGGUACUACUGACCAGGAGAUGAAGACAGGUUUUCACUUGAUCAGUUAAUUGUUCAGUGGCCUCAAUCAGACAUAACUAAAGUCCUCUCUUUCCCCGAUCCCAUCCCUGGUGUAGGACCCAUCAAAUCUGUUCUAUUUCAGAGGAAAGGGGGGACUGAAUGGCAUAGACUUUCUUCCUUGGUGUGUAAAAUAUGUAGCUAAGUCCACUAUUUUUGCCUCCUGUAGUUGUUCAAUAAAUUGGUUCCUCAUUUUA